AAUGUGUGGGAACUUUCUUGGAACUAGGACUAAUAACACUUCUUCUAGCUCGGUCUCCACUCCUAGUUUCUCCUUAAACGAAUCAUAUUCGACAACAAGAAAUCGUAAUUACCCGCAGCAUGACUCAAAUUCAUCCCUCAGUUCAUCACUCAUUAACUCAACUAGAAAUGAGUCGACAUGGCAGUCCAGGCCAAGUGACGUACCUGUUGCAUACGGGGUAGUUCUAGGUUCAGAGACAAAUAUACCAACUUCAACUGGAUCAUUGUAUCCGAAGUCUGUGGAAAGGGUUUAUCAAGGGCCUCAGAAUUCUAGGAGUUCUGGCACAGACAACAAUUCAUCUCCAACUUCAAUCAAACCACCUCAGUCCUCAACUAAGCUGAUUCUGUCUCCUCCUAGUCCUUCGCCAUCAUCCUUUAAACCCCCAACAUCUUCUCCUAACCCACCUCCAUCUUCUAAGCCAUCUUCAUCAUCUCUUAGACCAAGUUCAUCCUUCUCCACACCAAUUUCAUCUUCUUCUAACCCCACUCCAUCCCUUAAGCCGACUCUAUCGCAGGUGCCUUCUAAUUUUUCCUACCAACAAGGGAAGGGAAAGUAUAAAUGGGCCAAUCCAAAGGAUACAUUACCUAUUUACAUGAUUCCCAAGGACAUUGAGGACUUGAUCAAGAGAGACAUUGUGCCUGAAGUUCUGAAGAACCCUUUGUCUCCCUCAACAUACCAGGAUUACUUUACAGCUCUUCUAUAUGCUGAAGAUUACUACAUUGAGAAAUGGAGUGGAUAUGAGUUGGUGAAUGUGUCUCUGGAGGUGCAUUCAGCAUCAAUCUAUCAGAAGUCAGGCAGGAAUAAGGACUCAAAACCAAGAAAUAAGAUGGAUGAUAAAACUUUUGUAGUGUUUGAGGUCGAUUCUAUUCCUGAGAGGCGACCAUUUCUUCUAUCAAGGGACUUUGUCUUUGCACAACCUUCGGGCAAAAAAAUUGAGCCAUAUCAGGGCGUUAUAUAUCGGGUGGAGAAGAGCACAACUGUACUAGUUGAAUUUGGAGAGGAGUUUUAUUCUCAGCAUGCUUCAACCUGCAGAUAUAAUAUUAGUUUCUCAUUCAACAGAGUCUGCUUGAAAAGGGCUCACCAAGCAAUUGCAGCUGCUUCUGAUCCUUUAUUCCAAAAGUUCCUUUUCCCUAAUUCUGUCUCCCGAGAUCUCGUGCGUAUCUCAACGCCUUUUAAGCUUAAUAACCAUAAUCUUGAUCAGGAUGAAAAGUCAGCAGUUCAUCAUAUUUUGAACUUUGGAGGCCCUCCACCCUUUUUAGUAAAGGGCCCUCUCUGUGCAACUUGCAAUGAUAAUUCUAAAUCCCCUAUGGAGCAACUUUCAAGAACUGGACUGGUUGUUAAAGAAGCAGUGCUCCAAAUUUAUCAACGCCAUCCAGGGUCUAAAAUUCUUGUCUGUGCGCCUAUAAAUCGCACAUGUGAUGUGCUAAUGAGAAGCUUGAAAAAGGAAAUUCCGGUGUCAGAUAUGUUCAGAGCCAAUGCUGCAUUCAGGGAGAUAGAGGGUGUUCCUAUUGACAUCCUCCCCUCCUGUCUUUACAAAACAGAAACUGAUUGUUUUAGUUGCCCUUCACUCCAGGAACUAAGGGAGUUCCGAGUAAUAUUUUCUACUUUUAUAAGUAGCUAUCGCCUGUAUAAUGCAGGCAUAUCUGCUGGACAUUUUAGCUAUAUCUUUUUGGUGGAUGCUUCUUCAGCUACUGAGCCAGAGACAAUAGUGACUUUGGCUAACUUGGCUGACGAGAGCACAACGGUGAUAGUUACUGGUGCAUCCGGAAAUCGUUCAAGCCAUGUCCGAGCAGAUAUUGCUAGGGGGAACGGGUUGAGAAGAUCGUACUUCGAAAGACUUUGUGAGUUUGGUCCGUACAAGAAUGGAAACUCAAUGUUCAUAGCGCAGAUCCAGGACAGAGCCACGGUGGUGCCAAGGGAGAAAAUGCCCCCACCCCAAUUUCCUACUGCAGUGUUUCUAGACUAAUGCUUUACG